UUGGAGAAGCUCGGGAGAAGAAGUACAGGACCACCAUUGGAGUCAACUCUGGCAAACACAGUUUCACGUAUGUUUGCUUCACUACCGAUCCCGGACACAAGAAUGGGAUGCAACAGUUCUUCAUCAGAUGACGACGAUGACAGCAAUGAUCACCAUUCAGACACUUGCUUGCACUUGGGAUUGUCGUCGGAGUAUAAUCGGGCGAGAAAGAUACCUAAGAUCGAAUCCAUCUGCGACACCUCGGGCAGCCAAGUUGCUUCUAUUUGAUCUUUUUCUCUCUCUAUUGUUAGGGUUUAUCCGUAGAAAUUUGUCGUUGUUUUGGACAGAAUUUCAACUCAAAAAACAGAAGAAAACAAAAAAAAAAAAAAGCAAAAAUAGCCAUUUGAGAAAUGAUCAUUGCUAUGGUAAUAGCGGUUCUUGAGCAAGGGCCAAUGAAUAUUUUGAAUAAGCCUCGAGAGUUACUUGCCCAGCAAGGCACAAUUAACUUAAGAACAGGCCCAAUAAGUUAAGGCCCAAUAAAUUUAUAGAACAGGCCCAAAGCCUGAAACAAUAAUGGUUUCUUCCUGGUUGGAAGCUUGGAAUGAAGAAGUGAAGCUUGAAAAACCUCAUUAAAAUCUCCCCCUUCUGGUCGCCGGAGAAAAUGGUGACGGGGAUGAAGAAGGCGGUGAAGAAGGGGUUGCUUGGGGGAAUGAGCUUCGCCAGGGACGGCGGGGCAAUCAACUGGUUCCCCGGUCAUAUGGCCGCCGCCACGCGCGCCAUCCGCAACCGCCUCAAGCUCUCCGACCUCGUCAUCGAAGUCCGCGACGCUCGUAUUCCUCUGUCGUCGGCGAACGAGGACCUGCAGCCUCAGAUUUCUGCGAAACGGCGUGUGAUUGCUCUCAAUAAGAAAGAUUUGGCGAACCCUAAUAUCCUCAAUAAAUGGACCCGCCAGGACGAGGAACGGGAAGCAGCAGAUAGAGCAGCAAAUCAGACACUCUCCUUAUCCCCAUUGUCUGAUUCUCUCGACGGGUUUAAGAAGCCGAAACUGGUGAUUCUGUCAAGAAACGGAUCAAGGGCGAUACUCAAUGAGAACCUCCUGGUGGAACUAGCGGAGGGACUCGGGUUUCUCGUCGAGGUUCUGAGACCAGACAGAACAACAGAACUGGCCAAGAUCUACAGCAAUGACGCAUUUCCUCUUUCUGAAACCCGAAACCAUAGCAGGAGCUCUGUCAAGAAGCUUCUCGAUCUGGUUGAGUUUAAACUUAAGGAAGUGAUUGCAAGGGAGCCUACUCUACUUGUGAUGGUGCUUGGUGUUCCCAAUGUUGGAAAAUCUGCUCUGAUUAAUUCGGUUCAUCAAAUUGCAGCAACUCGCUUCCCUGUGCAGGAGAAACUAAAGAGAGCCACGGUUGGUGCAUUGCCCGGUGUAACACAAGAUAUUGCUGGAUUCAAGAUUGCUCACCGACCUAGCAUAUAUGUCUUAGACACCCCUGGUGUAUUGGUUCCGAGUAUACCUGACGUGGAGACUGGGUUGAAGCUAGCUCUGGCAGGGUCGGUGAAAGAUUCCGUAGUGGGAGAAGAACGUAUUGCACAGUACUUUCUGGCUCUUCUAAACACCCGAGGCACUCCCCUUCACUGGAAGAACCUAGUCGAGGGAAGAAAUCAAGAAUCUUCUGGGGAUCAAAUUGAUAAACCGAGCUACGACUUAAAGGAUCUCCUCCAAAAGAAAAAGAAGCAACCAGAUUUAUCCGAUGUUCAUUAUGUCGAGGACAUAGUUUCGGAAGUGAAACGGUCAUUGUACCUUACAUUUUCAGAAUUCGAGGGUGAUGUAGAGGAUGAGAAUGACUUGGAGUGUCUGAUAGAGCAACAGUUUGAGGCUCUGCAAAAGGCACUGAAGGUUUCUCACAAGGCAUCUGAAGCUCGGUUGAUGGUUUCUAAGAAGUUUCUUACUUUGUUCAGGACUGGUAAGCUCGGUCCCUUCAUCUUAGAUGAUGUCCCCGAGACUCUAGGGUUAGGGUUAGCAGAUUUGAAUCACAGCUGAGAAAAUUUUCUUUUUUCUUUAUUGAGAUUCAAUGGAGUUGAUCCAGUAACAGCAGAUUUUGGAUUAACAAAAUUGAACAAGCAAGUCUCCUUUGAUAUGA